GUAAGCUUUGAUAAAUGGAUAACCGUAUCCAAACAGCUGAGGAUUGCUCACAGUGUCAAGAAAGCAGCAGAAGAGAAUGCAUCUUUUCUUUGAGAUCCCGUUGUUCCUCCUUAUUACCUUCUUCUCUUAUUUAGAGGCCUUUCUCAAGCUUUUCAUUCCUGCAAAGAAAAAAUCUAUCAGUGGAGAACUUGUCCUCAUCACUGGAUCCGGCCAUGGACUUGGGAGAGCCACCGCUUAUGAAUUUGCGAAACGUCAGUGCAGUUUAGUUCUGUGGGAUAUUAACAAGGAUGGUGUUGAGGAAACAGCUGAAGAGUGCAGGAGACUGGGAGCCACAGCACAUGCAUUUGUGGUGGACUGUAGCAAGAAAAGGGAGAUCUACAAAGCUGCAGAGAAGGUCAAAGAAGAAAUUGGUGAUGUGAGCAUUUUGAUGAAUAACGCUGGUGUGGUCGCUCCGAUAGACGUGGUGUCCACUGAUGACCAUGAUAUUCAAAAAAUAUUUGAAGUCAACAUUCUCGCUCAUUGCUGGACAACAAAAGCCUUUGUGCCAACCAUGAUGAGAAAUAACCAUGGCCAUGUUAUCACAGUGGCCUCUGCAGGAGGCCAUUUAGUCACACCUUUUCUUGUGGCUUAUUGCUCAUCUAAAUGUGCUGCGGUCGGGUUUCACAGAGCUUUGACAGCUGAGCUGACUGCAUUGGGGAAGCAUGGAGUUAAAACAUCAUGUGUCUGUCCUAUGUUUAUAAAAAGUGGUUUUGUCAAAAAUCCAUCUUCACGGUUCAUGCCACCUAUGGAGCCAGAGGAUGUUGCAAAACAAGUAAUGAAGGGUAUAUUAACCAAUGAGAGAAUGAUUUUCAUUCCACCACUUCUGAAAUUCAUAUUAAUGCUGAAUAGAUUGCUUCCAGACCGGUCAUCCGCAGCUCUCUGGAAGCUACAUGAAUUUAAAUUUGAUUAUAUGAUCGGCUACAAGGACGAGGAAAACUAGGGGAAUGGAUUUGUCUAUUCAGUUUUUAUUUUAGCCUUUAAUGCUUUCAUGUUUUAAAUAAGGAUAAAAUUGAACCUAAACCAGGUUGUAUUAGUUUACAUAUCCCAUUCCCCGCCUCCCCUUAUCGGCCACAUUGCUCAGAUCUGUAAAAACUGGAGAGCACCAAAUUUGAGAAAAAUCAAAACAAUUGAGAAAUGUCGUAUGCAUGAAACUCUUAGAAAAUAACCUUCCACACGCACUAUAUAUAUUUGUAGAAUUGAAAUUACA